AUGGGGAACCUGAUAGAGACUGGCGUCUAUGCCGUUCUUGGUACCUUUGGAGUUGCUCUUCUGUUUGGGUUGGUUGUCUUCAUGUCCGACUACCUAGAUGGCUGGCUCAGGAGAAGGGCUCUGGGUGACAUUCCUUUUGUAGAUGAGGGAAGCAAUAUGAGUGCAUGUUUGAGAUGGUGGAGCCGGAGGUUUGAAGCUGAAAAAGAGUACGCAAAAGCUUAUGAGCUGUACAGCAAGAGAGGUAAACCAUAUGCAACGAGAGUCAAAAACAAUGAUCACGGCAUCGUGCUUCCUCUGAAUUCAACCAAGGAAUGGCGUUCCUUACCAAACGAUCAACUGAGCUUUCUGCAUGCAUUGUCGGAGUUCGCCGAUCUGUAUAUGCAUACAAAUGUAACCGAUAGGACACCUUUGCAUGCAGUGCAUUAUUGCAACAACACUAAUACACUAAGCCGGUUUAAUCGUCAUAUCGUUGAUGCCACAUGUAGAACUCUGCCAUUGAUUGCUGGCACGCCUACAGAUCAUGAAUGGAAGCAAGUGAAUGUAUUUUACAGUAUACUUUCGUUGUGCUCAACGGUUGCGAUGUCUGUGGUCCUCGGACCGGAAUUCACCAUGGACACAUCUCUCAUACAAACUAUCAUGAUGUACAAUCGUGCGAUAAUGCCCAGCUGUGCUGAACGAACUAGCUACCCCCGUAUCCUCCGUCCAUUUGUAUGGCGCCUCUCACCACUCUGUCUUGCAAUGCAGUCGAAUCUCUCAAAGGCAAAGAUGAAUCUGAUCCCAGAAAUAAAGCACCGCAUCGGUAUUGCACGUUCGAAGAAAGGGUUAAUAGAGAAUGGUGGCCCAAUGUCUCUCUUGGAUGGCCUCAUUGAGAUGGCAUUCGAAAAAGGCAGUUUGAGUCGCAGUAGCGAUCGCGGUGAUGAUCGUCAGCAGGCAAAUUUAUUGGCCGAGGAGAUCAUGUUUUAUCAUUUUGAGCUGUCCUCGCCCAUUGCAUUCUUCAUAACCUUCAAUCUGUACGUGAUUAUGAACCACAAGGAAUACUUGGCUCCUCUCCGAGAGGAGAUUAGCGAGGCCUCCAAACGGUCCGGUGGGAGCUUAACACUCGAUACCUUGAAGCACGCCCCAAGGUUGGAGAGUUUCGUCAAGGAGACAUGUCGUUUGUACGAUAUUUCAUGCUUAACCAGCUUCCGCCGCGUCAUGAAACCAGUUCACCUGGAGUCUAUAAAUUUAUCUCUAAACGCAGGUACCAUAAUUAUGUCACCUGGUAGAGAUGUCCAUCUUGACCCAGAGUAUUAUGAAAACCCAACCACGUUCGAUGGUUACCGCUUCUACGAUGCCAGUCGUGGAACCUGUACUCCGCAUAUAUCUACCACCUCCCCGACAUUCCUCACAUUCUCUCACGGAAUAAGUGCCUGUCCGGCACGGGUCCUUGCGACUCAAAUCACUCGAGUUAUCUUUAUAUUGUUCCUUCUCAAAUAUGAUGUGGAACUCGCACAUGAAGAGAUGCCAUCGUAUGGCAUCGCAGAUGGGCCAGUGUAUCUCCCUAAUCCCUCGGUCAUGAUGCGAGUAAGGACCCGCCAAAAAGGCGCCUUAGGACUGUGAAACUAUGUCUCCAAUAUCGUAUUUAAUCGUAUAUCUGGGGUAAUUAUUGGUUUGAAGUCUGGUAUCAGAUAGCAUUACUGUGUCCUGGC